AUGGCAGACCAGGAUCUGUUUAUUGUGGCCAAGAGGAUGCAGUUCAGUUCGCGCUACUGCGAGAACCGCAUUCGGCGAAUUGCUUUGAAUUUCGGCCUUUCACCUACAGCCGCGGCCAAAAUUCAAUACAUCACAGACCUUCCUUUACCCUUGCUUUUGAAGGUUGUGAAAUACUUAAUGACUACUGAGUGCACGAGUCUGAUUCGGGAGGAAAUGAACAUGAAAAUCUUGAUGUGCCCUGCUCUGGAGCUCUACUUGGCGCUUGGUCUCAAGGUCAUCGACUUGACCGCCUUUUUGUCUUUCUGUCCGAUUCGGCUGAAAUACCAAUAUUUAAAAUCGGCAGUGAUUAGGAUUUCGCAGUUUACUCCCAAUAUAGAAGAGCUUUUGGUGUCGAGCAAAACCCCGCGGUUCUACAGAAAAUUCGAUUUGCUCGUGGAUGCUGAGAUGUUGAAGGCGCUGUACCAGCUUACAAAUCUGCGGGUCCUUCAGCUGGAUGAAUGGUGCUGCUUCGAAAUAAAAGACGUUUUCCAACUGUGCGAAAAUCUACCAGGCCUGCAAAUCCUCAGCAUCAACUUCCCAGACAGCUUUGACGACUACGACGAUUUUGAUACUGAUCGAGUCGAAUGUGCGGCAGUAUUAAAAAGAUGCAUGUCGAAUUUGAAAGAGUUUAUCUACACGGCAAGGAACAAUGGCACUCUUAGAACAGAGUGCAUGAGGAAGAGGAAUCUUUCGAAUUUGCACGUUAUACAUCAGUAUUCUGAGCUCUUCCGUCCGAAAGAAGAUUACGACCCCUCUACUCCAAAUGAAGUAGUUCCUGGAUACUCAAAUCUGCGACACUUAAUGAUUCAUAUCAAUGUUUUCUACGACUACCCGCCAGAGAAGGACAUACACAUAACACAUCCUCACGUCACUGACUUGAUGAUGCAUUGGUAUGAAAACCCAGAUUGGACUUGGGAGGGUUUGAAUUACAUUCUGCAGUUCACCAAAAUUGAGAGCUUGACUAUGCUCGACUUCCCUACCGAGGUUAUGUUCCGCUUUAUUGACACCUUCGGAGCUAAAUUAAACGCACUGAACAUCCAACACGACGACCGCCAGAUGGAACCGUUCCUGAAUUUAAAUUACAUUUUCACUGCAUGCCCUUUGCUUGAGAGACUACGGCUGUGGCUAGUCAUCAACGACCCAGAACCGAUCACAUUUUACGCUCGUCUAAAAGAAGUCGAAUUGAAUUUCUCGUUCCCGGAUGGAAGCAGGGACGAGAUGGUGAAUAUUUUGAGUGCGCCAGACUUUGAGAAAGUCAUCCUGAGCGACCCCUGCCUCGAAGAUCUGAUUAAACUAACUUCAAAAGUGGCCGAGAAAGAAAUCCUACAGAAGCUUAAGACUCUCGUCAUAGAUCUGGACGUCGAAUCCUUUGCACUUUUCGUCGACGUGGACCAAUUUAAUGGAAUCGUUGAGUUCAUCAAAUGCGCGGCAGCGUGCCUGAGCAAUUUGACGACCUUGAAGUUCUACUUGAAUGAUCGAAGGAGUGAAUAUUCCACGCUUGCAAAAAGUUUGAGGAAUGGAAGGACAACUAAUGAAGAGUUUCCAGAAGUGACUGCCUUUUUCUCCGGCGCUAAUAUUAACAACGAAUCAAUCAGCUGGUUCGUGGAUGAAAAACUCAUAAGCAUUCUCGACAGUUAUACUGAAAGUGGAAUUUUGAUCGGAGAGAAAAUUAAAUAUGUUUAUUAA